AGGGAGCUGGAGGUAAUUCAGAGUGACACUGAGCUGUGAGUCAGACUAACGCACAACAUACGCUCGUCGUAGUCCGUCAGGAAGCCGGGCUGAAGACGCAUCUGCUGUUGGACCUUCAUACGACGGAGUGAGCGCAGAAGAACAAUGGCAGGACCGAGGCCCGUGGUGCUGAGCGGCCCCUCUGGAGCAGGGAAGAGCACUCUGAUGAAGAGGCUGAUGAGGGAACACGAGGGCGUCUUCGGGUUCAGCGUCUCUCACACAACAAGGAAUCCCCGACCAGGCGAGGAAGAUGGCAAAGGGCUGAACAAGCUCCCAAUGCUUCUGGGGGCUAUUUUACUGCCAAUAGCACCCUUCUCCCAUGAAGUCUUAGAAAAACCUUCCUCUAUUUCGUGUCCAAACGAAUCAGAAGACUACCACUUCUCAACGAGAGAGGUCAUGCAGGAGGGAAUUGACAACGGAGACUUCAUUGAAAACGCGGUGUUUUCAGGAAACAUGUAUGGAACGAGUAAAGCGGCCAUCGAAGAUGUGCUGGCCAUGAACAAAAUCUGCAUCUUGGAUGUGGACAUCCAGGGGGUGAAGAGGAUUAAAGAGACGGACCUGAACCCCAUUUACAUCUCCAUCCAGCCUCCAUCCAUGGAGAUCCUGGAAACCCGUCUGAGAGACAGACAGACGGAGACGGAGGAGAGUCUCCAGAAACGCCUCGAGGCAGCGCGCGUCGACAUGGAGCUCAGUAACGAGCCCGGAGUGUUCGACGCUGUCAUCAUCAAUGAUGACUUGGAGAAGGCGUACGAGGAGCUGAAAGAUAUGCUCAAUGAUGAAAUCCAGAAAAUUCAGGAGAAAUCCUAAGGAGGAAGCUGUAAACCAGUCUUUCAUCUGCUGGACAGAAGAACCAAAACGUGUUGUUCUGGCCCGAAUAACUCCAUCUUCACUUACAUCUGUUUUUGCUUUUACCCUUUGUGUUAUAUGGUCAGAGGGGGCUCAGUACAGGUUCAGGCUCACUGACGCUCGGAUGGAAAAGAAACUAGGGUUAUGUUAGAUUUAGUCAAAGCAAAGUGGUUGAUGUUUAGAAGUGAACAUCCUGACACAUAGAUCAGUGCCAGCUGGUUCAGUGGCCAUAGAAAAGGAAACUGCCAAAUUCAGUGCUACAUUUGGUCUUCAUAAAGCCUAAGUUUGAAACUGGCCUAAAUGUGGAGUCCACGUCAGAACCUUCCUGCUAAACAGUCGUUGUGAAAUUCUGAUACAGUAGAAAUGAAUUCCCUACUAGUUAAGUGUAUGACUAUAACUAAUAUAACAGUGUUUAGAUAAUGACGCGCAUUCUGCGUAUCAUUUAAAUAUUAUGAAGGAGGUCUGUGCAGCA